AGAUCCAGCAGCCCUGUACAGCCUGUGCCUGUGGCGGCCCCGGUGGCCGGUGUCGGUACUGAAGCUCCAGCAGGACUCUCGCUGCGUCGAGCCAGUCCGCCGAAGCUCUGCCGACUGGAGGGAUGUGACCCCGGAACAGGACGCCCUCGUACAACAACACACCAUUCAAACAGAGCAGAGAAGAAAGAAAAGCUGGACCAGGAGGGAGCUACAGGAGCAGGGGGGAUGAACCGCGAGGAGGCCCCGGGGAAGUCUCCUGAAGACAUGUACGUCCAACAGAAAGUGCGGGUCCUGCUCAUGCUAAAGAAAAUGGGAUCAAAUCUAACACCCAGUGAAGAGGCUUUUCUCCGGAAUUACGCAGGUGUGGUCCACAGUCAGAUGAGCCAGCUACCACAGCACAACAUAGACCAGGGCGCAGAGGACGUGGUGAUGGCGUUCUCGCGGCAAGAGGCGGAGGAUCGGCGACAGUGACCCGUGGCCCCUCAAUCUUCCUCCACUGCAUCCCCUCUCCGCCCCUGUCCCGCCCCGCACGUGAUCCACACAGCAACCCACACUCCACAAAUGCGACACUGAUGAGCUCAGGAGAGGAGGGGGCCCGGGAGGGACAGAAGAGGAGGGGAAGAGACUCCAGGAGGUCGCUGCCUCGCUCUCCCCCCCAGCCUCUUCAUCCCCUCCUCACACAAGCUGGCACAACAUGACCUGAGAUGCACUCCAGUGCUUCACUGUGUGCUCAAGCCUUGGCAACAAGGCAGUCAGUCAAAUCACUCACAGAUCGUGUGGAUGAAUAUCAAAUGUAGUCUUUUUUUUCUUCCUGUGGGUGGGUUGGUUUUGUUUUGUAUUAUUUUGUCUGUGUUGAGACAUUAGGCAGUGUUACAUGAUAUAUCUGCUGCGGUCACUGGGGGAAAGUGACUGGCAGCAGCUGAUUGAAGCUAAGAGAAAUAGAGUUAUGGUCAAGCAGCGAGUGUGAUGAUUGAUCGUGUAAGGGGAGAGAUUUUUAAUAUUUUCUGCUUACCCUGAUGGGGCUGAAAUUGUUUUUGAUUUAGCUGAUAUGUUAUUAAGGCUUGUGUAUCCUGUCACACAAGGGGCCUCAUUUAUAACAUUUAAGGUGUAUUUAAAUUUAAAAAAAGGCCUAACAUAUGGGAACGCCAUCUCCCACGCAGCAUUUCUAGAGACUCUGGAAAACGACGAAACCUUUCUGAAACUUCCAUGCUGAAGGCAAAGUAGCCAAAUAAAGUUAAUGUAUAAAUAACUCUACUCAGACGAUUAUUUUUUCUUUUAUGUAUAGUCCUGCAUAGCCUGUGAGAAAGGUCAGGCUGCAUCCAUAAACAUUCGGGGAACCAAACCCCUUUUUUUACGUAUUUCUGGGGCGGGCCUUAACACAGGAUGCAGCACCUGAGCGGCAAAAUGGUAACAUGCAGAAAGCAGAAGAGGGAAAUGUGGAGUGAAAAGGGAGGACAAUGACAGGCUUAUACCCACAAUCUACAUCCAGUGGGUCCCGCUAUUUUAUCAAGUGCAGUGACUCCUGGUCACCUGUGGCUUUUUUUGUUUAAUACCUUGCAAAAACAACAUGUUUAAACACUUUAAGAAUUUGCCUUUCUAAUCCUGUGGCGCUCACUGCUGUUAUGACGCUAACCUUCUCUUAUCGGUGUAAUAAGAAACUACCACAACGCGUCUUACUGAAUCAUUAUUUGUGACGUUCAACAAACCUCUCUCUCUGUGGAUUUGCAGUCUGAUCUUUUUCCUUUGCGUGCAAAUAUUCGAAUGGCACACAGAUUGAUGUGUGUGUUAACACUCGCAGCAGGCAUAUCAUUAAUCAUUCAUGUUUUAUUAUUAGGCUAGGGAUUGAUGUGUGAAAGGAACGCUGCAUUACGGUGAAGGAGAUUUUUGAGAGCACGCAAUUUUCUUUUCAACAAAUCUACACAUCAGUUUUAUAAAAGAGGCCCCUCUUGUUCUUCUGCUGCUUUAUUUUGAACCGUAGGCUGUUGAAAGUGCAACAAGACCAUUCUCUUGAGGAAAGCGUAAAAAUUAAAGACACUAGGAGACAUAAUCACAAAACAAAGGUGUACACAUUCUCCCCAACACUGGUUUGCAGUCGUUAUGCCGUGUAACAUUUUCUUUUAUAUUAUUGUACAAAUAUUUGGGAAAAUACAAUAAUUGAUUGUGCCAAUUGUAAUUUGUGGUGUUUUUUUUAUCUCUAAGAUGACAUUAACGUAAUGAUCUAAGGAAAAUUGAUAAUAUACAAGCUGUAGUUGUAAUUUAUUGUUUACUGAAUCGACUUCCUCGAACAAAUCAUUGAAGAGAGAAGCGGUAGAGAGUUUAUCAUCAGCGGUGGCUCUUUGUUCACACUAAAAUCACACAAACUCUAAUUUUUAGCUACCUGUAACUAAACAUGUGAAGCCAAACGUAAGAGCUGUGUGCUAUUUCUGACUGUACUGUAUCUCUUGCACUAUGAUCAAUGGGAUAUUUGCAAAAAAUACAUUUUGAUAUCUAGCGCAGAGAGUUUAUGUUUGGUUCAAUGGAUACAACUUUUUAACCUUGUUGUUAUUCCUUCAGUGAUUUCUAAAAAUACCUUCUCUGUGUUAAUUGACUCAACUGGAAAAGCUCAAAGGAAUAUAUGUCAACAACAUGUUUUUCUAGGGACAUGCUCAAUAUUUAAUGUGUUUUAAAUACAGUUUGUUAACUUGUAUAACUAAAAAAUUAUUGUAACGUAAUGUUUUAAAGCCAAGCAUGUCUGCCUUGUGGUUUAUAAUGUUCAUUCAAGUGGAGCCGGAGACUUUUGAAGCCUCGGCACAUUGACCAUUGUUUGUACAUUCUCGACGUUUGUGGAAGCUACUAGCUCUUUUAAAAUGUUUCAGAAAAAAAACAAAUCAUUUUUUUAUGGUUAAAGUGUUAUCCAUUAUUUGUUGUUUGCAAUAACUUCAUGUGAAUGUCUUCAGCAAUCGUUGUUCGUGUAAUCAGCCAACAGAUCUAUCGCGCUGUCCGCCUACGACAGACAUUUGUCUUUUUACGUUUACUUAAAAAACAAAAACAUUCUUUAUUUGUCUAUGCAUUGUUUCUCUCUUUUAAAGGUGUCUUACUGUACAUUUUACCUAUCAGGUUGUUCUGCAGCCUUUAGUCAAGUUGUGAAUGAAGUGUGUGUUUGAGUGUGUGUGUGUGAAUGUGUCAUCAUUCAAUUUGCUACCGGUUUUUGUUUUUCAGCAUGCGGUUGCGUUUGACUUGGAUCGAUGUAUCUUUUUACUGUGAUGACCUUGCCUAAUUGUCCUAUUUUUUUGCGUUGCUUUUUGUAUUUUAUUUUCCUCUCAGUCGACAUUGAUUAGUUGGUUUCGUUUUGUAUGGCUGCUGACCAUGUCUUGACUUAAUGCUUCCAAAUCCUAUACCAACUGAACCAUUAAAGAUAUUUUAAACAGUGCAAA